CAGGGGCAGAGGCGAACGCAUGCGCGUGGCGUCUCCGAAGCGUUCCGGCUGGAGACUGAGCACCACCACCCCCCAGCCCCUCCUCACCCCCGCUUGAAGCCGCGGAAGCACCUCCGUGCGUUUCACCGCCAGAGGCCGGGGCUGGCUCGCUGUGCUGCUCAGCGCCGCACCCCACCCGGUGGGCCGGCAGCGGCCACGCAUGCCCGGGCUGUGUACUGCCCCCCUCUAAUUGCAUUGCCGGCCCUAGUCCCUCACUGCCGCCGACGACUCGGACUCGCCCGGGACUGGCGAGUCGCGGUGCACUGGUACCCACGGCGCUGCAGCGGGCCCUGGCCCCUCCCCGUGGAGCCGGGAGUCGUGCCGUCGCCCCCCGUCUGGCAGAGAGCUGGGUCCGGCGUCCAGCCCUCCGGCCUUCGCUUAGGGCUCCUCGCCCGCAGAGAGGAGAGGUUCUACCCGAAACCGGCCCGGCCUGACCCGGCCCGGCGGUGAAAUGAGCUUCUUCGGCUUCGGGCAGAGCGUGGAGGUGGAAAUCUUGCUGAACGAUGCCGAGAGUAGGAAGCGGGCCGAGCACAAGACGGAGGACGGGAAGAAGGAGAAAUAUUUCCUCUUCUACGACGGAGAGACGGUGUCCGGGAAGGUUAGCCUCGCACUCAAGAACCCCAAUAAGCGGCUGGAGCACCAGGGCAUCAAGAUCGAGUUCAUCGGGCAGAUCGAGCUCUACUACGACCGUGGGAACCACCAUGAGUUUGUGUCCCUGGUGAAGGAUUUGGCCCGGCCCGGAGAAAUUAGCCAAUCACAGGCCUUCGACUUUGAAUUCACCCACGUGGAGAAGCCGUAUGAGUCCUAUACAGGCCAGAAUGUAAAGCUACGGUAUUUCCUUCGAGCCACCAUCAGCCGCCGCCUCAAUGAUGUCGUCAAAGAGAUGGACAUUGUAGUCCACACACUCAGCACGUACCCAGAGCUGAACUCUUCCAUCAAGAUGGAGGUUGGGAUCGAGGACUGCCUGCACAUUGAGUUUGAGUAUAAUAAAUCCAAAUACCACUUGAAAGAUGUCAUUGUAGGGAAGAUCUACUUCCUCUUGGUGAGAAUCAAAAUCAAGCACAUGGAGAUAGAUAUCAUCAAGCGGGAAACAACGGGCACAGGCCCCAAUGUGUACCAUGAGAACGACACGAUAGCCAAGUAUGAGAUCAUGGAUGGGGCUCCCGUGAGAGGAGAGUCCAUCCCUAUCCGGCUCUUCCUGGCGGGCUACGAGCUCACCCCCACCAUGCGGGACAUCAACAAGAAGUUCUCCGUGCGCUAUUACCUCAACCUGGUGCUGAUAGACGAGGAGGAACGGCGCUACUUCAAACAGCAGGAAGUGGUGUUGUGGCGGAAAGGUGACAUCGUACGGAAGAGCAUGUCCCACCAGGCAGCCAUCGCCUCACAGCGCUUCGAGGGCACAACCUCCCUGGGUGAGGUGCGGACCCCCAGCCAGCUGUCUGACAACAACAGCAGGCAGUAGGCCCCCAGGGCCAAGAAGCUGCUGGGCUUCCAACCCAGCACCCCCGUCUACGAAACACCAGCGGCUGGGGGAGGGGGAAGACAGUGUGAUGCUCAACUGACCCGUUACUUGCAACCUGAAAACAAAUCGUGUUUUGACUUUAAUUCUUUUUUCUGAAGAACCUAAGGGGCUUGGGUUGGGAGGCAGUCUCCUUGAGAUUCUGCAGCUGACGUGGGAAUAGGGAUAGGUAGCAGCCCGGUAGCUAGUCUCUGUGGGGUAAGAGCCUUCUGUUGAGGCCUUCCAUGUGGGGGUGCCUUGCAUUUUACAGGAGAGCAGAGAGCGGGCAUCCUUGAUUCCUGGGUCUCUGAGCUUCCUGAUACAGGAUCUGAGCAUGUGCCUGGGAUUCUGAGCUGCCAGUGGGGCCCGGGGUAGUCACAUCUUAUUCUCCCCUCUACUAUCCCUGCCCUAUCCUAAAUGGCAGGGGGGAGACUCAAGAUCAGGAAGCUACCUCUUUGGGAGUAUUGGAUGUGGUGCUUUGACGUUUCCACAAGCCAACUCCUUUUGGCCUUUAUGUCACUGCUGUGAACAAGACACCUCCCUUCUCCAUCUUCUACGGACUCUUAUCAGUAACGUCCUGGAACAGAAGCUUGUGGAAGGGCCUUUGGCUGUUGUCCCCUCACCUUGAGAAAUUCUGGGCAUGGAAACACCCUGGGGUCAGUGCCAUGCAUGGAUGGCAGCAUGUUGAACGCAGGAGGCCAAGCAGGCCCACUGAGGAAGAAGCAUGGUGACUGUGCGUAGCAGCUGCCUGCCUUCACCCCAUGACUGUGCUCCCCAGCCCCUGGGGCUGGAUGGUUCUAGGGUAUUGCUGUGUGCUACAGCAAGCCUAAACAAGGGCAUCUGUUUCCUUUAAGAGAUCCCGGGAAGGGGCCUUGAUCUCUUUGCUUUCCUACAAAUGGAUCUUCAUCACUCCUUACUCUCCCUCCACUUACUUUGUGGGAAUUGGGGCUUGGGAGUUUCUUACUGAUGCCCAUGUCCCCUCAUUCUCUGAGAUUCAGAAGAGAGAUGAGAGCUUCAGCAGAAGACCCUGCUACACAACUUCAGAAUAAUUCUGCUUGCCAAAUUAUGUUUUCACCUUCACCAGUUGACCGACCAGAGUUUAGGACCAUUGAUGUUUUGUUUAAAAACUCUCAUGGGUAUUCUUGUUAUCCUAAAGGAGAGGGGGACUUCCCUCUGUUGCACUGUGUGUGGGCCUACUGGAGUAAAGAUGUUGACAUCCUUUUCUGCCUCAUCUGGAAAUGAUCUAAUGGCCUCCCUUCCCUUCAAGCAGACCCCACUGGCCAAUAAGUACAGUAUUUGGUGGUCUAACUUCUCCAUAAUUUGGGAAGCAGAGGGGUUGGUUCCUGUGUCAUCUUUUAGUGUGGAAAAUUCAGACUCUUCUUUUCCUCAGAAAUCAGUGCAGUCAUGGGCCUCUGGCUGGGCAGGCUCAUGGGUCAGGACUGAGACUGGAGGAAAGGAUACUAGGAUGAUACUUGAGGUUGACUGGGGACAGCAGAACCAAGGAAGGUAAGGUGGUUCCCCUUCCCCAUCCCCCAUGCUAGACCCCAGGUACAGGUGCGACGGACAAUCCCGUGGGAUCAGGAUUACUCAUCCAGCUGCCCCUGGAUUAUCAAGGUUAGGGGCUCAAGUGUAUGGGGGAGGCAGGUUCUGUGCUCCUUGCCUUUUCCACAACAUGAGAUUAGGCUCUGGUGUGCCUCCCAUUAUAGCUGGUAUUCUAACUAGAAAGGACCUGUCAAUUCCUCUGCCUCCCAGCUGACAACCCAAAUUCAUUUUCCAACUUUCCUAACAUCUUAGACGUUUCUUCUGAGAGAACUAGAAGGUAGAAUUUGAUUUUAUUCUCUCAGGAGCUGUGCAUAAGCCAGGUCUUCUGUUUUCCCUCACUCUGCCCCCAUUCACUCCUUGUCCGUGCAACUGUGCAGGUGAGGGGAGGCCCCACCCCCACCUUCACAGGUUCCCAUACCUGGGAGUGCAUAGGUACUAAACCAAGCAGUGCAACUUGUAAUUAAGCAGCUGCAGUGUUUACAUGUUUCUUAAUGUGUCGUCUUUUCAAUGGCUGUAUUUUAAAAAAAAAAAAAAAAAAAAAAAAGAACACUUGUUUCAGUUGUCUCUCUGAUUAAAGGAAGCCCCUGUGGCUUGGGGGCAUUGUGCCCAUGGUCCA